CUUCUCCAGCGCUUUGAAACAGAGAAGAAGAUGAUCCAUCCCUUUGAUCUUCUGCUCAGGCCGUGCUGUUGGAGGAGGAGCAGCAGGAACAGGACAGUGACGGAAUGAAUGACUUCCUGCUGAAAACCAUCCUGUGCUCAUAGUGUCUUCUAAACAUCUGAAACAUCUGGAUGUUCUGCAAGAAGAUCAAGAUGAUGAAAUCACCAGAAAUCAAAUGUGAGAAUUUGGAAUCUGAAAUAACCCCCAGUCCUCAUAGUAACACAGACUCUCACAGACAGACAAAUGAAGAUACAGGCCAGGAGAAAACUCAGCAUUGCUCAGACUGUGGGGAAAGUUUUAUAGACCUAGAAACUCUGAAAGCACACGAGCUCAUCCACGCUGAAGAGAGACCAUAUCCGUGUUUAGAGUGUGGCAAAAGAUUCAGCGUGGAGAGUAAUCUCAAAACACACCAGCGCAUUCACACUGGAGAGAAACCGUAUCACUGCUCAGAGUGUGGAAAGAGUUUUAAUCAACAAACAACCCUCCAACGACACCAGCGCGUUCACACUGGAGAGAAACCGUACCAAUGCCCAGAGUGCGGGAAGCGAUUCAGUAUUGAGGGUAAUCUAAUAACACACCAGCGCAUUCACACUGGAGUGAAACCGUACGAAUGCUUGGACUGCGGGAAAAGAUAUACUGUUAAAAACAAUCUCAAAACACACAUGCUCAUUCACACUGGAGAGAAACCGUAUCAAUGCUCAGAGUGUGGGAAGAGCUUUCGAGACAAAGGUACUUACAAAACGCAUCAACGCAUUCACACCGGCGAAAAACCAUAUCGCUGCUCAGAAUGCGGCAAGACUUUCAGUCUACACCAUUAUCUCAAAACCCACCAGCGCAUUCACACUGGAGAGAAACCGUAUCAGUGCUCGCAGUGCGGAAAGAGCUUCACUGAUCACAGUUACAUCCUAGUGCACCAGCGCAUGCACACUGGAGAGAAACCGUAUCACUGUUCAGACUGUGGGAAGAGUUUCAGCGAUAAUCAUAAUCUCAGAGUGCACCAGCGCGUUCACACUGGAGAGAAACCGUAUCACUGCUCGGGCUGUGAGAGGAGUUUCAGGCAUAUAAAUUCUUUAAAAAUACACCAGUGUACUAACAAAGAGAUGAAGGAUGGCACGACUAGAUCAAGCAAUAUUUUAUCCAGCACCCAACAAACCUCCUCUGGUGUAUCUUACAAACAAAUGCAGAACAUUUCCAGGAGAGAAAGAACUCACCUCUGUUCACAAUGUGGCAAGAGUUUUACUCAAAUGGGUCAUCUGAAAACACACCAGCGUAUUCACACAGGAGAGAAGCCCUACUGCUGCCCAGAGUGCGGAAACCGAUUUAACCACCAGAGUUCUUUCCAGAGACACUUACGCAUUCACACUGGAGAGAAACCGUACAACUGCUCAGAGUGCGGGAAAAACUUUAAUCAGCUGAUUACUCUCCAACAACACCAGCUCAUUCACACUGGAGAGAAGCCCUACCAGUGCUCAGAGUGCGGCAAGUGUUUUAACCAACCCAGCACUCUCCGACAACAUCAGCGCAUUCACACUGGGGAGAAACCGUAUCAGUGUUUGGAGUGUGGGUUGAGUUUUACUAAUCAAAGUAACUUUCAUCACCACCAGCGCAUUCACACCGGAGAAAAACCCUACUACUGUUCAGACUGUGGAAAGAACUUUAACCAACAGAGCACUCUCCAGCAACACCAGCGCAUCCACAAAGGAGAGAGGCCAUAUCUCUGCACCGAGUGCGGAAAAAGUUUUACAAAUCAGAGUCAUCUCCGCCAACACCAGCUCGUUCACACAGGAGAGAAGCCGUAUCCCUGCUCAGAGUGUGGGAGAAGCUUCAGUAGAUUGAGUCAUGUCCAACGACACCAGUGUGUUCACAGAGAAAAGUGCACUGAGACUGGGAUGGGAUGAUAACCCAUGAAAUAAAUGAAUGACUUCCUGUGGAAAGACUUCCUAUGCUCAUUGUGUCCAUUUUCCUUUUCACCUCAAAUUUACUUUCAGCAACAUCUGGAGAAACCACCAAAAGGAUAAAGAUAAAGAUAAAAUGUGAGAAUAUGGCCUUCAAAAAAAUGCGCCCCAAACACAAAUAUGGAGGCUAAUACUGACUGUCUGAUAUCAUGAACACACAGAAAUUUUAAAAGUAUUUCAAGACAAUAAAUGGUAUAUUGGUGUA